GCGUGAAUCGACUUCUCCCUUUAAAUAAUUAAAUCGAAUCUAAAACCCACGCAUCACCUCCCGCACCCAAUAGGAAUCGACGCCGCACAAAUCGACGCGCCCGACUGUAGAGAAUCUAUCGCCUCCUCUCACUCCCCGUGAUGAUGGAGGCUGAUCGGCUGAUGGCCGCGUUCUCUGGAGCCGAUCCGGGCCUGCCUGGGCCCGGCUCCUCGGCGCCUCUCGGCGGCUACGGGAAGGCGCUGGACGACUGCGGCGGGGGGGCCGCCGGAGGAGGCGGCGGCGGCGGCAGUGGCGGCGUCUCUAACGAGCCCUUCUAUCUGCUCCGCGAACCAGUGGCGAGUGAGCUGACGGGCAGCAGCAACUUGCUCUGCCACUACAACCUCGACGCCGCCUUCGCAAAGUUCUGUGGCAAGAAAGUGAAGGAGAAGUUGAGCAACUUCCUGCCUGACCUGCCUGGAAUGAUUGACACUCCAGCGCUGCAAGACGGCUCGAGUCUACGAGCGGUGAUGGAGAAGCCUCCGCUGUGUGGCAAGGAGCUGCACUGUCUCCCCAGUGCCCUCAUGACGGGAUUCAGGCUCCACGCUGGGCCGCUACCGGAUCAGUACCGGCUGCUGCACCAGAUGCCUCUUCGCAAGAAGCACAAACAGAAGCAGAAACACCGCAGGCCGGACACCAUGAGUCACGACGGCAAGGAGCUGGCGUCCGACUCGGACCCCAAGAAGAAAAAGAAGAAGAGAGAAGACGACCCGGAGAGACGCAGACGCAAGAAGGACAAGAAGAAAAAGAAGAACCGUCACAGCCCGGACAACCCCUCAGCACCGCUCUCCUCCUCCUAGUCACCCUCUAGUCACCCUCUAGUCACCCUCUAGUCACCCUCUAGUCACACUAGUCACCCUCUAGUCACCCUAUAGUCACCCUGUAGUCACCCUGUAGUCACCCUCUAGUCACCCUUCCCUGUGCCCACAGAACCGCCACAGCCCGGAGCAUCCCUCAGCUCCGCUCUCCUCCUCCUAGUCACCCUCUAGUCACCCUCUAGUCACCCUCUAGUCACCCUCUAGUCACCCUCUAGUCACCCUCUAGUCACCCUUCCCUGUGCCCACAGAACCACCACAGCCCGGAGCAUCCCUCAGCUCCGCUCUCCUCCUCC